CUGGGCUGGAGCCCAGCCCUUGAGGUCCUUACCAUGGUGAUGAUCCUGAGUAAAAGUCUCGACAACCAGGGAGCUGACUCUGUAACGUGCAGGACCUUCAGCCCUGAGCUGCACACGCCCGAGAAGAUGAGUCAAGGACCUACCCUUUUCUCUUGUGGAAUUAUGGAAAAUGACAGAUGGCGAGACCUGGACAGGAAGUGCCCACUACAGAUUGACCAACCAAGCACCACCGUCUGGGAAUGCCUGCCAGAGAAGUGUCGGGACAGCGCCCUGUGGCAUAGGGAGGCGGUGACUGCCUGUGCGGUGACCAGCCUGAUCAAGGAUCUCAGCAUCAGUGACCACAAUGGGAACCCCUCUGCACCCCCCAGCAAGCGCCAGUGCCGCUCCCUGUCUUUCUCCGAUGAGAUGUCCAGCUGCCGGACAUCAUGGCGGCCCUUGGGGUCCAGAGUCUGGACUCCGGUAGAGAAGAGGCGGUGCUACAGUGGGGGCAGCGUCCAGCGCUAUUCUAACGGCUUCAGCACUAUGCAGAGAAGCUCCAGCUUCAGUCUCCCUUCCCGGGCCAACGCGCUUCCCUCCCCCUACGACCAGACUGCAUUUCAUCUCCGAUUUGGGGGGCAGCCCUGCCAGGGGGCACCAGGCCCAGCCACCUGUGGACAGGAGGGUGAUCUCUGGAGCCCCGACCCAAACCCCAUGGGAGGCAGCUGGUUCGACAUGCAGCGUUCCCUCUCAUGCUCCCACGAGCAGUUCUCCUCGGAAUACUGCCCUCCCUCGGCCAGCAGCACCCCGGCCUCGACGCCCGAGCUGGCGAGACGCUCCAGUGGCCUCUCCCGCAGCCGCUCGCAGCCCUGCGUCCUCAACGACAAGAAGGUCGGCAUCAAACGGCGGCGCCCUGAAGACGCCCAGGAGCAGAGGCCUUCCCUUGACCUGGCCAAGAUGGCACAGAACUGUGAGACCUUCAGCAGCCUCAGCUGCCUGAGCACCGGGAUGGAGGACUGUGGCCCCCCAAGCCCCUUCACCCUCCAUGCCGGCAGCACCCGCUCCUGGACCACCUUGCUCUCAGCCUCCUCUGCUGGCACUGGGGGCAGGACCCCGGCCGGCACCCCAGUCCUCCAGCCACCACCCCAUUCCUUCGAUGAGCAUCUUGCCAGCAAAGAGGAGCUGUCCUGCGAGGAUGCGGAUGGCUGUGCCCUGGACGAGGACUGCGGCCGGAGGGAGGAGCCAACCUUGGCCUGGCGGGACUGCAGGGCGGCAGGGAGUGGCCUCUGCUCCCUGGACGGCGAGUUGGACAUUGAGCAGAUAGAGAAAAACUAGGGCCAUGGGCCCUGGCUGGGCAGGGGAUGCGUCAGGAUCCACGGCCUCCGUCUGGGCACCAGGUGGGCGCGCAGAGGGCAGGGAGCCUCACUCCUGGGCCUGACGCAAGUUUCCCUGAAAGGCGUCAGGCCCAGAGGAGUCAGCCUUCUGCCCCUAUGAGUGCUGAUCAGUCCCCACCGCCCCGCAUCCCCGCGCUGACCUGGCCCAGCCACCGUGGAAUGUACCAGCCUCUCAUCAUGGACUUGGGUCCAUGCAACUACUGUAGCCGACAGAGCAGCUUUGGGUUUGGGUCUUUUUUACCCCAUUCUUCUCAUGGGACGUUGACCGUGAGCACCCCAACACCCUGCGCUGGCUUUUGUGUCAUUUCCCAGCCUAUCUCAGGGCUGGGCCAGUGCUGCCUGGCUGUGUCCGGGGCUGCUCAGCCUCUGCUCAGGUUCCGUCUGGGGAGUCAGCCACGGCUUCUCUUAUUCCCUUUCAUUCUGUGCCUUCUCUCCCAGGUCUCCCCGCUUCAGCUAGGGGUGGUUUGGGAGAUGCUUCCUUCUAUAGUAACACCAGAACCAUUUGGCCUUAAUUCCAAGGGUGGGAGGCAGAGUUCCUGGGUGCCAGGGCCCAGCCUACCAAGGCUGGGGAGCAAGCAACCUGGGGGGCUUGUUAGAGGCUGUCCACUUUGGGGGGAAAUUUGGUGCAACUGUUUACUGGAAGGACAGGCCCACUCCCAGCUCCUGGGCAGCACACUGCCAUGGUGUGAGAGCCCCACCUGUGGCCCCGUAGCCAGAGGCAGGCUGUUUUCCUGCUCCUGCUAGGGGUCACUUCAGCAGGGUCGGUGGAUGGUGGCCAUUCUCCAUGGCUAGCCAGUCACCAGGUACCAGCUCAGUCAAUCCAGGGCGCCCUCCUGAAAAGCUCUCAGGAUGCUCUGCCCAUGUCAGGGCUGGGGGGGUCUGUGGAGAGGCCUUGGGGCGGGGGGCCCAGGAUGGGGUGGCCUCUGGCUAGCCCUUCCCCGAGUAUUAAAAGCACAUUUUCCUUUGUUCUUGGGCUUAAUCAAGGUGUACCCCCCAACUCAAGACAAGCCCCCCUUUCUCACUGCAGGGAGGAGAGUAUUUCUGCAUGCUGCUUCCCUGCUGUAGCCCAGGCCCCCACCUGCAGACCCCGCGGCCUCCACAGCUCGGCCUGCAGACACUCCACAGGGCUCUGCUGUCCGGGAACUUGGCUUUUGGCUAACCGGGCAUCUCCGCAGACAAUAGCAGUUGGGCAACCUGACCAGCGAGUGGCUAAAAAUAACCAGUGUGCCCCUGGAGGGCACUGACACCUGAUACAGGCCCUUCUGGAGUCCCUUUGCUCCUGCUCACUUCCGCUGACGAGAGCUCCUCCAUCCCACAGGCUGAGGACCCACGUCCUCACCUUCUUUUUCCUAAAGAAGACCCUGUUGGGGAAACUGCUUUUAUCUCUGCUUUUUACUACAUCAGAAGGGUGGCAUCUCAGAGUUGCCUCUUAAAGUCAGCCCCCAGUCCAGUGGCUCAAAGGCAUGUUGAAAAUCUCAGGCAGGGGGGCCUGGGCAGGUGCCUCUGUGCUGUGGCCUCCAGCAGGAAGACAGGGCUCCCACUGAGGCACGUCCACGUGGGACCCUGGACAGCCAAACCAGGGAGCAGGUGGCCCUGUGGACAGGGUCAUCUCCCUCGUCACCCACCGUUCUUAGAGCAGGCCCAGAGGAGGGGGUGGUGGUGGGUGGGCCUGAGAGAACAUGCUGGGCUGGUCCUCCUGGCCUCCAGGGCGCUUAUAGGCCCAAGGCAGGGUCCUGGCCCUUUCCAGCACUCAGCUGUUCUUGGCUGUUCCUGCCCCCCAGAGCUCGUAGCCCACAAUAGUAACCAGGGGGGAGAAGGCGUGUCCUUCUGCUCAGAGAAACAACGGCCCUUCAGUGGUUUCGUUGUUUUGAUGGGAGUAGACCCCAUCUGGAAAGUGCUCCCACACCGCCCAGAGGGCCUGUGCACGUGUUCUGGACUCUGGGCACCAGGAGGUCCCCUCCGGGGCAGCAGCCCCCAGCAGGGGAGUCCUGUGGACAAGACUGUGCAGGAGUCCCACCUUUGUCAGGGCGCUACCUUCCACAGCUGACUCCCCGGAGCCCCUCCUCUGAGGGCCCAAGAGGAGGCUCACAGCCCCGAGGGCAGUGUGUUGGGCCCUCCGCCUGCCCGGGUGUGACCUGUGCACACAGUCCCCACACUCACCCCAAAGAGCUGGGCCUGGCCGGGGCCAGGGUGCCUACGGUUUACAGGAUCGCAGACCCUCUUGCCUUACCGUGGCCACGGGGGGUGGGGGGGGUGGGGAGGGCAGGUUUGUGCUGACAACACACACGGAUUUUCAUUCUCAGAAAGCCUUACUUUUCAACAAAGUUUUUGUAGCAGAAAAGUUUUGUGAAUUUGUAUGCCGAAAGAAAAUUUAAAUAAAGGAAAAAAUCUACGUUAAAAAGAAAACAAACCCAGAUUUCCACACAGGUCUCCUAGUGGGAGGCGGGUGUGGAUUUCCAGGGUUGGCUGUCUGCAGGGAGCGUCGUCAGUGCAGUGCGGGACCGCGGGCGGUCACCUGACCAGGCAGUGACAGGCUUGGCUUGAGCCGCCUUGGGAAGGCUGUCUCGGCGGGGACGGUGCCGCAUCUCACCGUGUGCACACAGGGUCAAUGAAAACCCUGCCUCUUUCCACCCCAGCCUGCGUCAAGGUCUUGCUGUAGCCUAGGUAGGGUAGUCCUCUUCUAGCAUAGUCUCUUUGGCAGACAAGUUGUGUUUUCUGUGCGUCAAGAGGCAUCCCGGGGCCUCAGGUGACUGCCAGGAGGCCUGCGAGGGCCGUGUCGGGCUGUUCCGACUCCUGUGUCACCCUGGUGAGAGGGGUGGUGGCCGGAGCAUGUGGAGCUGGGACAGCUGCCGGGGCCCCACUGCGCCUGGGCGGUGAUGCCACAGACAGCCGACAUGGGCCUGCCAUGACUCUUGCACUAGGCCAGCUCUAGUCUCAGGAAUUUGCUUGUUACUUUUACUGUGUAAAUAAACCUCCUGGUUCCAUACCUGACACAGGGAGUGGCUGUGUGCUUUUUGUGGAGGCAACAAACGCUGGCCCCUCUGCCCACCCGAGCGUUGCUCUGGGUGGGGGCCAGAGCCUGAACCCUUGGCCGCCAGCGAGCCUCAGGGUUAAUGUCUGAAAUGGGGAUGACAGACAUCUCAGAGCUAUCAAGAAGCUCUAGUGCUGGACAGUGGUGGCCAUGCAGUGUGUGGUUGGGGGCCCUUCUAGAGGCCGGCAGAGGGGGUGGCAUGUGUAUGACGAACAAUGUGAAACCCACAUGAAGUUGUUUGUUUCAGAUUACUAAGUGAGCACAAUUAAGCCUGUGCAUGCCGUGCUUACGGUGAAUGUACCCCUGUCUGUGUUGGGGGGGAGGAGCCAGGGGACCCCAGGACAGCAGAGCAGAGACAGCCCCUCCAUGCAGUUUCUGGGUCAGGAGCGGGCAAUGGAGUCUGCUUUUCCCAGAGCCCUUGUGAGUGCCUCGCUCAGUCCUCAAGGCCUUGCACCUGUUUGUUCCAGGCCAUGGGGUGGCCAUCUGCCACCAAUCCACCAGGUAGCUGAGGAGGUGGUGGUGCAGGCCGGCUGCCCAUGAGGGGAGCACGGUGAGGGUGCGAGAGCAUGCAGCCCACCUGUGCAUAUUCCUGGGUACAUCCCCACUCAUGCCUGGCCCUCCAGAUCAGGGCCUGGUUAGCCAAGCUCAGGAGGAGCAGAACGGCUGAUCGCCCUCUAGGACAGGUGAGGGCAUGUGUUUGGAGGUAACAGGCGCAGGGGGCUUCCAUGACUCCCCAAGGGUAGGGCCAGACUUCAGCCCCCAAAGAAUCGUUUCCUAUCUUAAGAGGACACCAGUGCCCAGGUACACCCCAGAAGUCACAGCCCCCAGGGCCAUCACAGGCCACUCCCAUUGCAGGAGCUCAGGGGAGUUUGGGGGCAGCAUAGUGGAGGGUACUAGAAGGGGCAUGGGAAGUGGUGAGCUGCCUCUUAGCCUUGGGUGAGUCAGUUUCUCUCUGUGUACCUCAGUUUCUUCAUCUGUAAAAUGGGGCAAAUGAUAACACCCAUCUCCUUCCACCCCUGCAGCUCUGAGGGCUGCCUUGUUCUCUGCCCAGACCCAGCAGGGGUCUUCACCCCAGGAGCUGCCCUCUGACACCCCACCCUCCCCAUCCCACUCCUGGGACAGCCCCUGAAAGGGGCUAAGCCUGUCCAGGGAGAGAGAACCAUUCUCCUUUUUAAGAGGGAUAGACUCCUGACAGGAGGGCAAAGGAGAGACAAGGUCAACCAGACCCACAGGACACACCGAGCCAGACACUACAGUUGUAUCCCCGUCCUGUGCCCCACAGGGCUGGUGACCACAGCCUGUGCCUGCCUGGUGAGCCUGACUUGUCACUCUCUGAUAAGCCGCAGUUCGGGGACUCGGUCAAGGAGUGAGCAAUGUGCACCUCAUCCCACCGAUGGCCAGGCGCCUCCUCCCUCACAUGCCAAUGGCACCCACCCAGCCAAGCUGGUCGGUGGCCUGCCCAGCAAGGCCACACAUCCCCAUCUGCCUGGGCCACCGUGUAGGGGACACAGGUUUCAGCACCCAAGGCUUGAUCCCCGUCCGCCUCAGUGCAGUGGAAUCCUCGGACCAGGGCCCACGACUUCUGUUUCAAGACAUCAUAUCCCAAGACUUACCAACAGCUUCUGAGUUGGUUUAAAGGAGAAACAGAGCAAUCAAAUUAUCCAGCCAGCUGAUGGCUUUUGAAACCCAAGAUGUAGAUUGGGAGUGAAUUUGGUCCCAGAGGCCUCUAGGGGAAGGCCACCUUGCACCCUGGUCUGGAGACUGCUGCCCGCCACGCCAGGCCACGGCUGCCCCAUGGGAAGAGCAGUGCCAGCCUCUGCCCAGGGGGGCCUAGGUUAGCUCCCUGCCUCUCUGGCCUCAGUUUCCCCUUCUGUUAGACAAGGGCUGGAGCAAGAGGCGACUCAGUGUUCAAGCACAUGGAGGGCCAGGGAGGGGUGCCUGAGCCCCUGCCCUCCUCCCCACAUGGGCCCUUCCCAGAAGUCAAAGCCCAAGUUGGCCGCUGUUCAAAGGCAGUUUAUCUAACCAUGAGCUUCCUCCUCCUGCAUACACUGGUCAUGACACAUUCACUCCUGUCAAGUUAUAAAGUGCCCUCUGGGAUGCAGCCUCGAUGCCACAGGUUAAAAUGCCAGCUGAGGAAGCCGGUGGUCUUGGGGA